UCGCCCUCCCCCUCCCCUCCACCUACAGAGCACCUCCACACUCGGGGUUUGCCUACGAGAGUCGCAUAAACGGGAUCUUAUGGUCCGACGAAGACGAAGGACAAUUAAAACAACGUCGUAGUAAACUUUGCAAAGGCCGGGGACAGGGUUAACAACCUCGACUCUCCUCGUCGAUAUACAAGAGACAAUAGAACAGAGGCGCGAGGAGGUGCAGGGCUUCUUUGGCUUCUCUCGCGGCGAGGUCCGUCUUGUGAACCUUUCAAAAAAGGUUAUUCAGCUACAUCAGCUGGACAACUCAACGUACGCCCUCAAACGUCAAGAUCUAGCAAGUCAGCAGGUGACCCAAGGCUCAAGAUUAACAACACACGAUGUCGCCAAGUCAAACACCACACCCCGGUCGGACUAUCUUCCCCGGGAUCCCCAGUACCGGUCAUAUCGUAGCAGGACCUUCGAGCUCGACUGCUACUGCGCCUGUACCUUCGGCUUCACCUUACCAGAAUGCGUAUCAGCAACAGUUGCAACAACAGCAACAGCAAGCACAUCAUCAGCAUCAGCAGCCACAUCCGCAUCAGUAUCUCUCUUACCUGCAGGUACCAGUACAAGGACCGGGACCUCCAAGGGCUGCAGAUCAUAACCAUGUCGAGUCGGGCAGACCGGGAUUACCACUGACACGACCAUCGUCGUCUUCGAACCCAUCGUCGAUCCCUCCGUCGUCAUCCUUAUCCUUGCCGAUUCUCAACACUGCAUUUACCAACCCUCACGCAUCCUCAUCUACCGCCAACAACCAUGCGGACCCGUCCACAUCCUCCCACCUAACGUCAGCUACCAAAGCCGUCAAACUCGCACUCUUCGAAUCCACCUCCCGGCCCGGAGAAUCCCGGUGUACCCUGUGCGAAGAAUACACAUCCACAGCGAAGGAGGGGAUCUUGAUGUACCACGUUAUGGGCAAGAAGGACCACGUCAAGAGCAGACACGCUAUGUGUAAGCGGUACGAUGAUUGGGGGGAGGAUCCGUACUGGGAAGAUGUUUAUGGGAGGAUAGCGGGGUUCGUAGCUGGGAAGCCUGGGGCGGAGGGGUUGAUGGCCAAGGUCAUCGAAUCGUACCCUCAACUCUCUUUCGCCUCGAGGAUGCUCUAUCAAGGUCGAUGGUGGGAAACGCUAGAGCUGGACCAUCCGAUAUUGAAGUUCUGGUCAGAUCGACAGUUGGCCGAUUUUCGUCCGAAGUCUGACGCAGAGGCUCUGGAGAUCGGUGUGAAAAAGUUCGAUGCCAUGGCCCAACUGUUCUACGGCGACCUCGAACCGCCGAUCAGAUUUCACAUCAAUAGCUACGCCCGAGGUCUCUUGAUCCUGGCCAUCGGACCGGAAUCCGUCAUGCAACUCGAACUCAACAGUCCAUCAUCACAACGACCGGGCAACGUGCUCAGGUUGUGGAUGAACUGGGUGCUGCGGGAGAUGCUCUAUCUGUUCGUCGCGCAGUUUAUCGAGGCUGACACGCCAGGCUAUCCGACACCAUUCGAAUGGGCCCAGGCGUAUGUCAAACAACACAUGAUCUACCUAUGCAGCCUCAGUCAGCCUCAUAUGCGGCACAUGACGACCGACUAUUGUCGCUGGUUGAUCUGGUGUACGAACAAUCUGUACGGACCGGCCAAAAGGCCGAUGAUUUUCCGGAGCCUAGAGUCGAUCUACAGGGCGUACGAGGAUGCGUAUUUUGUGUACGAGCGGGAACUGAGCGGGUCGGCUAGUCCGACGCAGGAACAUCGUGAUCGGUUCGAAUUCGCCGAUAUCAUCGUGGCUACCAUGUCGCACGAGUUUCAAUCGCCACGUCGGACCAGAUAAGAAGGAGGACCGGUCGGACAUCCGGGUUUGGGACUACAAGGGUAUACAUCGGAACAAAGUAAAGGGAACAUGGCAUUCGGGACGCACCUCCCGUGAUCACACGCAAACGGCGAGGCAGUAGCAUAACUUGGGGUUUAUGGCGAUUCGAUACACUGUAUUCGUAGAUGAUUCGAGCAUAUGCGACGGGCUCAUAAUAGCAUCCAUGCCGUAUCUCGGCUUACGCCGUUACCAGAGCCGAUCUAGAAUGUGUCAAAUCCUGGGGCC